AUGGGAGCGCCGGUUGUUGCGGCCUCUGCCCAUGGCAUGUCGGCUCACGAGAGCGAUGCCAAGGGGUCUUCGAAGGGGCCUCAUAUCGUCGACCGAAUCACCAAGAGCGGACGCAGGCUCUGGUACUGUUUGAAGGUCAUCCAGCAGCCAGAGCGCGCCAGAGCAUGUGGCUCGGGCCCAAAGUCGUCGGCCGAUCGACGUCCCGUUGAUCCGCCCCCGGUUGUGGAGUUGCGCAUCUACGAGGGCCAAAGCUGGGAACUAGCCCAGGAGAAGGACGUCACGUUCCUGUACAACGCCAACUUCUUUCUCUAUGCCACCCUCGAGCAUGCACGUGUUAUGGCACACGGCCGGGUGCAGACGCCCGCUGCCAAUACGCCACCCGUCUUGACCGGUAUGCCCGUAUCUGGUAUGGCAUAUCUGGACCGACCGCAGGAGGCAGGAUAUUUCCUGUUCCCGGAUCUCUCUGUGAGACACGAGGGUCGCUAUCGCCUGACCUUUAACCUUUACGAGGAGACCAAGGAGGACAAGGACAAGGAUGCCGAGUCGUCGGAGCCAAAGCAGGCCUCGCAUGCACUGAACCCGGCGACAGGUGGAUCUUUUGAUUUCCGUAUGGAAGUGAAGUCGCAGGACUUUGUCGUCUACAGCGCCAAGAAGUUCCCCGGGUUGACGGAAAGCACAGCACUGAGCCGCGUGGUGGCAGAACAGGGCUGCCGUGUCCGGAUUCGUCGUGAUGUCCGGAUGAGACGCCGCGACGUAAAGGGUGGUGGAGAUUUCGACAAUGGAGAAGACGAAUAUGCUCGGAGAGCUCGGAGGACCGCUACACCGGAUACGCGACCCGACCCGUAUAGAGCCCGGUCGUUGAGUGGUAGCGUGGAACGGACCCCGUACUCGGCCGAUUCGCAGCGGAGGCCGUCGAUUGCCGACUAUCCGCCUCAGUUCGUAGCGCAAAACCCACCGCAGGGCGGUCAUCUCCAAUUCCUCGGUGGAAAUUCCAGCUCGCAAUAUCCGUCUCAGCCGCAAAACUUUGCUCAGCCCCCCUCAGUCCCCGCCUCGCCCGUGUACCCCCCGAGUCAAGGAGCGUCGUAUCCGUCGGCUUCGUCGUACCCUCCACCGCCGCCGCUGUCGUACACUGCCGAGCGGACGCCAUCACAGUCGUAUGCCCCGAUCACGCCGAUUACACCGUCUCCGCGUCGUGACAGCGUCCAGCACGAGUACCGAAGCUCGGUAGGAAGCGCAACACUCCCGCCCCUGAGUCUCCCUCCUUAUUCCGCAAAUCCACAACAUAUGCUUCCACAGAAACCCCAAGCCAUACCUCUGCCUCCGUUGCAAAUCGAUGGAGCCCUUUUGAGCCGGCUGCCAAUGCCGAGCCCAACGCUAAGUGGGCAUCGUCCUGGGUCACUCAGCGGGUCGUCAAGUGCCAGCUUUUCGCGUCCUUCGCCUGCGCAUUACGCAGGAACCAAGCGGGCUCACGAUCAAUCUUUCAGACAAGACGCCGAACCGCGUUACGACGGUGCUCGCGACCGUGGCUUAUCUGAAGACAUUGACGGAGCGCCGUUGGUGUACAAGCGUGCCGAUGGACGACGGGCCGAGCGGGUGGGCGACGUGUAA